UCGUGCAUGACGUGGACGUGCUCGGCACAGGGAUCCGGCUGGUGACGCUGCUGGUGGACCGGGACGGGCUGUACAAGAUGAACCGCCUGUACAUCACUCCGGACGGGUUUUUCUUCCGAGUCCACCUGUUAGCCCUAGACUCCUCCAGUUGCAAUAAGCCAUGCCCAGAGUUUAAACUUGGCAGCAGGUAUAUUGUGAUGGGCCACAUCUACCAUAAGAGACGGCAGCUCCCCACAGCUCUGCUCCAGUUCCUGAGAGGGCGCCUCCGCCCAGGAGAUGGACUGCUUAGGAGCAGCAGCAGCUACGUGAGAAGGUUUAACCGAAAGAGGGAUGGGCAAGUUCAAGGUGCAAUUCACACCCAAUGCAUUUGAAACACACCAUCCUGGCAUUUCUGGAUUACAAGAGACUUGAAUUCAGCGACAAGACAUAAAACGUCUAUCUUCAUGUACUGGGGUCUUCCUUUUCAAUAGGGCCCACCACAACUUUAUGAAUGACUUGCAUUGUUCCAUCUCUAACCUUGAAGUUGUCACUUUCUUAUUUACAAAAUUCUUCUGAAAUGGUAUGCUCCCGAGCUCAGCAGCAAAAUUAUUCAGUGAUAAUGCCAGACAGGAAUUCACACAGCUUAGAUAAUUGACCUGUCCAGUUAACAGAUCACUGCUUCAUGUUACAUUUUUAAAUUAUUUUAAUACAUUUUUCAGUAGAAAUAGUUCACAAACAUUUAUUGAAUUUAAAUAUACAACCUUGAAUACUUUAUAUCAUGUAUCAAACCAAAUUUUAUACUCAAACCAUCAUAUUUUAAAUUCUGUACAUAACAGUAAGCACAUUAGCCAAGACAUUUAUGUAUGAAAUGUCCUUUAAAUCAGAGCCCAGGACAAGUAUUAAAAUUUUACAUUUAGAGAAUACUAAAGCAAACUAUUAUUCAAAACAAGUGUUUCUGAUGUACCAAAAUGUAAGAUAUAGUUUAUUUUCAUGCUUCCCUGCUCCUAAUAACUUAUGUUUUCUGAACUGGCAGCUAUACUAAUACUAAUGCUAAACGUAUUCUGGGUGUAUCUGAUGUCAUUUUUCUGUUAAGACCAAGUAUCACGUUUGUGUUUGUAAAGCAGUAAAUCUUGCCUUGAAAUCA